CUUAUAUAUUCUUAUCACCCAAUUUCAUUUCCAACCAUCAAAGUUUCAAAAGCAGCUCCUUCACAAUACCACCUUUCUCCCCAGUCUCAACUGCAAUACACGAAACAAGAAAUAAAUAAAUCAUUUAUAUUUUUUAUUACAAUAUUCGCCAUGCCACUCUGUUCCGUUGCUCCGAAACCCGAAACCGACGGCACUGAAGGUCAGGCCAAUGGCCCUGAGGACCACCACCAGCCCUCCUUUCUACAACGGAGCUUGUACCCCAUAACCUUGAAGUUCGAAGACGUGGUCUACAAAAUAAGCUACAGUACCAAAAGCAGCAGCCCCAAGCAAAAAACGAUUCUCAACGGGAUCUCGGGCAUAGUCCACCCGGGCGAGCUCCUGGCCAUGCUGGGCCCGUCCGGCAGCGGCAAAACCACCCUCCUCACAGCCCUCGGCGGCCGCCUCAGCCUCUCCGGCAAAGUCACCUACAACGGUCGGCCUUUCUCGGGCCCAAUCCGCCGCCGAACGGGUUUCGUAUCCCAAGACGACGUCCUCUACCCCCACCUCACCGUCUUCGAGACCCUCCUCUUCACGGCCCUCCUCCGCCUCCCCCAAUCCCUCUCCCCGGCCCACAAGGCCCACCAGGCGGACCGCGUGGUGGCCGAGCUGGGCCUGGCCCGCUGCCGCAACAGCAUAAUCGGGGGCCCGCUGCUGCGCGGGAUCUCUGGUGGGGAGCGCAAGCGGGUGAGCAUCGGGCAGGAGUUGCUGAUCGACCCCAGCUUGCUGCUGCUGGACGAGCCGACGUCGGGCCUCGACUCGACCACGGCACACCGGAUAUUGGCUACUGUCAAGGGGCUGGCGGCAGGGGGCAGGACGGUCAUUACCACCAUCCACCAGCCGUCCAGCAGGCUUUACCACAUGUUUGAUAAGCUCGUGCUGCUGUCCGAGGGCCGCCCGAUCUACUAUGGGGCUGCGGCGGCUGCGCUGGAUUAUUUCUCGUCCGUUGGGUUCUCGGUGUCGGUCGCGGUCAACCCUGCCGACUUCUUGCUCGAUCUCGCCAAUGGAAUCGGACCCGAUUACGAGCAUGGUACCGACCACAAUGAAAACGUUCAAGACGUGACGUCUGUGAGAGAGACUCUCAUCUCUGCCUAUGACAAGAAUAUUUCUACGAGGCUGAAAAACGAGCUGUGCAGUUCUGAUGUUACCGGUCACACCCAAGCAAAAGAGACCACCAUAAGAAAUGAUGUGGAAACACAGAAAUGGUGCACGACUUGGUGGCAUCAAUUCAAAAUCCUCCUCAUCCGUGGACUCAGAGAGCGAAGGUUCGAAGCCUUCAACAAGUUGAGAAUCUACCAAGUCAUAAGCGUCGCCAUACUCGGCGGCCUCCUCUGGUGGCAGACCCCAUCCUCCCACAUCGACGACCGCGUAAGCCUUUUUUCAUCACUCACCUCAACUAACUCACAACACAUUCCAAUACGAAGAGCCUAAAACAAAUAAAUUUCCCAACCAUGAAAAAAUGCAGAUUGCCAUGCUGUUCUUCUUCUCAGUCUUCUGGGGCUUCUACCCAAUGUACAACGCAGUCUUCACAUUCCCCCAAGAACGGGCCAUGCUCAUCAAGGAGCGCUCGUCCGGCAUGUACCGUCUCUCAUCCUACUUCCUGGCCCGCACAGCUGGCGACCUCCCAAUGGAGCUUGCCCUCCCCACAGCCUUCACUUGCAUCUUCUACUGGAUGGGCGGGCUGAGGCCCGACCCAAUUGCCUUCAUCCUCUCCUUACUCGUUGUUCUCUUCAGCGUGCUUGUCUCACAGAGCCUUGGCCUCACGUUCGGAGCCCUGUUGAUGGACGUCAAGCAGGCUGCAACGUUAUCCUCGGUCACAACUGUCGUGUUUCUAGUUGCUGGGGGUUACUACAUCAGGCACAUCCCGGUUUUUAUUGCCUGGCUCAAGUACGUGAGCUACAGCUACUACUGUUACAGGCUACUUCUUGGGGUUCAGUAUGGUAAGGAUGACUAUUACGAGUGCGGGAAAGGGGUUUUGUGCCGGGUCUCGGAUUACCCGCCAGUGAAGGCUGUGGGUCUAGAUGGGCUGUGGGUUGACGUGUCGGUAAUGAUGGUGAUGCUGGUCGGGUACCGGCUCAUGGCUUACCUGGCUCUACGCCGUGUGAGAUGAAGAAUUUAGGCAAUCAAUAU